GAUUUGCACGUCAGAACCGCUGCGAGCCUCCACCAGAGUUUCCUCUGGCUUCACCCUAUUCAGGCAUAGUUUACUAUCUUUUGGGUCCCAACAGCUAUGCUCUUACUCAAAUCCAUCUAAAGACAUUAGGAUUGGUUAAUAGUGCACCCCAAGGGGUUCCUACCUCUGUUUACUUUUAUUACGCGCUUAGGCUUGACACCUAAACACUCGCAUAG